AUGCUGCGACAGUGGUCGGGGCCGUCGGGGCAGGCCCCGGGGGAGGCAGAACCCCCGCCUGCAGGCGAGGAGCUGUGGGAGCAGGAGAUGGAGCGGCUCUACGCCUCCCGGGCGCCGGUGCGGACGCUGCCCUAUGCCAUCGUGGACAAGCGCUUCAUCCGGCAUCUGCGGGAGCCGAAUGGAGUGAAGAGCUCGUGCUGGCAGCGGUGGCAGCGCAGGUGGCAGAUCGCACGACGACGCCUGGGGGAGGCGGCGCACCGGCUGGCCCAGGGCUUCGGGCUCUGGGAGGGGGCUCUCUACGAGAUCGGAGGCCUCUUUGGCACCGGGAUCCAGUCCUACUUCACCUUCCUCCGUUUCCUACUGCUGCUCAAUGUGCUGACCAURGGGCUGACUGCCAGCAUGGUGCUACUGCCCCUGGCCUGGCUCCGCCCCCCGGACCCAGGCCCCGCCCAGAACUUGACCCUGCAGUGCCCUGGCAGCCGCCAGCCCCAGAUUGGCAUUGCGAUAUUCCACAAUCAACUUUGGAAUGUUUUAACUGGCAGGGCCUUCACCAACACCUACCUCUUCUAUGGCGGGUACCGGGCGGCACCCGAGAGCAGCUCUGCAUACAGCAUCCGCCUGGCCUACCUCCUCAGCCCACUGGCCUGCCUGCUCCUCUGCUUCUGUGGGACCCUGCAGCGGAUGGUGAAGGGGCUGCCACAGAGGCUUCUCCUGGGCCAGGACUACAGAGCACCUCUCAGUGCCAAGGUCUUCUCCUCCUGGGACUUCUGCAUCCGGGUCCAGGAAGCGGCCGCCAUCAAGAAGCAUGAAAUCAGCAAUGAAUUCAAGGUGUGUCUGGAAGAGGACCGGCGCCUCCAACUGGCGCAGCAGYGGUCCCCCACCCAGAGGGCCUGCCACCUGCUCACCUUCCUGUGGGUCAACGUCCUCAUCGGGCUCCUGGUGGUUGGGGCCAUCAGUGCCAUCUUCUGGGCCACCAAGUACUCGCAGGACAAAAAGGAGGAGGACCUGUUCGUGGUGCUACAAUAUCUCCCCCCAGGGGUCAUCGCCCUGGUCAACUUCCUGGGUCCUCUGCUGUUUGUGUUCCUGGUCCAACUGGAGAACUACCCACCCAACACCGAGGUCAACCUCACCCUCUUCUGGUGCGUGGUGCUGAAACUGGCCAGCCUAGGCAUGUUCUCCUUCUCCCUGGGCCAGAGCAUCCUGUGCAUCGGGGGAAACAGAACCAGCUGCGAGGCCUACGGCUACAAUGCCUGUGACUACCAGUGCUGGGAGAACGCAGUGGGCGAGGAGCUGUACAAGCUGAUCAUCUUCAACUUCCUCCUCACCGUCGCCUUCGCCUUCCUGGUCAGCCUGCCUCGGAGGCUGCUGGUAGAGCGAUUCUCAGGCUGGUUCUGGACUUGGCUGGACCGAGAGGAGUUUCUGGUGCCCAAGAAUGUGCUGGACAUCCUGGCAGGGCAGACGGUCACCUGGGUGGGCCUCUUCUUCUGCCCCCUGCUCCCCCUGCUCAACAGCAUCUUCCUGUUCCUCACCUUCUACAUCAAGAAGUACACCCUCCUGAGGAACUCCAGGCCUUCCCCACGGCUCUUCCGGGCCUCCAGCUCCACCUUCUUCUUCCAGCUGGUGCUGCUGCUGGGCCUGCUCCUGGCCGCAGUGCCCCUGGGCUACGUGGUCAGCAGCACCCACUCCUCCCGGGACUGUGGACUCUUCACCAACUACUCAGCCCCCUGGCAGGUGGUCCCUGAGGUGGUGGCCCUGCAGCUCCCGCUGCCUGGCCGKCGUGCCCUCAACUACCUCAGUUCCCACGCCUUCAGCUUCCCCCUCCUCAUCCUGCUCAGCCUGGUCCUGACCGUGUGCGUGUCCCAGUCCCGCGCCAACGCGAAAACCAUCCAUGAGCUCCGGAAGCAGCUGGUGUGGCAAGGCCGGGAGAAGUGGCACCUGGUGGAGGACCUGUCGCGGCUGCUGCCAGAGCCUGCCCCGAGCGAUUCUCGCGGGCCCGAGUCCCCUCUCUCCCGAGCUUCGCGCCCACGGUCCUUCUGCCCCGGUUUCCCUUGCCCAGGCUCCCCGGGCCCCAGGGCCCCCCGACCCGGCCCUUCCCGGGUUGUUCCCACCAGGCUGAGCCCCGGGUGUCCGGGCCCCUCCUCCAGAUUCCGCUACCCCAGCAGCGGGGCUCUGUAGCGCAGACCCCAUGCCCUGCYUGGACCCACUUCCUCCCCAGGCCCUCUUAGCCCAUGCUCCAGAGCCCUGGUGACCACUGCCCCUCUCUGCUCCCGGGUGUCCAGCAGGACUCCCCAGAGGGG